GGGCUGGGGGCGGAGCUUCCAGAAGAGUCUGGGGCUGCUCUGGGACCCCGCAGGGUAAAGUGGGGUCCGCGCGAUGGAGGAGACCGGGGUAAGCAACAGCAGCAGCCCCAGCAGCAUUAGCCAGAGCCCGGAUCCUAGCCCAGGAGGGGACUGCCGCCAGGCCUUCCCCAAGCUGCAGAAUGACACCUUCCUGCGGGCAGCCUGGGGGCAGACCACAGACUACACACCAGUGUGGUGCAUGCGCCAGGCAGGCCGCUACCUGAAAGAGUUCUUGGCGACCCGGGCUGGCCAGGACUUCUUUGACACCUGCCGCUCCCCUGAGACCUGCUGUGAGCUGACCCUGCAGCCGCUCCGACGCUUCCCCUUAGAUGCUGCCAUCAUCUUCUCUGACAUCCUGGUGGUGCCCCAGGCGCUGGGCAUGCAGGUGACCAUGGUGCCCGGCAAAGGGCCGACCUUCUCAUCGCCCCUAAGGGACGAGCAGGACCUGGACCGCCUUCAGGCCCCUGUGGACGUGGACAAAGAGCUGGGCUAUGUGUUCCAGGCCAUCACGCUGACCCGCCACCAGCUGGCGGGGCGUGUGCCCCUCAUCGGCUUCUCAGGGGCCCCAUGGACACUGAUGUCCUACAUGGUAGAGGGGGGAGGCUCAAACACCAUGGCCCAGGCCAAGCGAUGGCUGUACCAGUGGCCCAAGGCCAGUCAUCGCCUGCUGGGCCUCCUGACCGAUGUCCUCGUUCCCUACCUCGUGGGCCAGGUGGCUGCAGGGGCACAGGCCCUGCAGGUGUUUGAGUCUCAUGCCGGGCACCUGGGCCCUGAGCUCUUCUCAGAGUUUGCGCUGCCCUACAUCCGUGAAGUGGCCCAGAGGGUCAAGGCCAGGCUGCAGGAGGCAGGGCUGGCACCAGUGCCCUUGAUCAUCUUUGCCAAGGACGGACACUAUGCCCUGGAAGAGCUGGCCCAGGCUGGCUACGAAGUGAUUGGAAUUGACUGGAAAGUGAACCCUGCCCAGGCCCGGGAACGUGUGGGAAAGUCGGUGACCCUCCAGGGCAAUCUGGACCCCUGUGCCCUCUACGCCUCCAAGGAGAAGAUUGGACAGUACGUGGAACAGAUGCUGGCGGCCUUUGGGCCCCAGCGGCACAUUGCCAACCUGGGCCACGGGAUCUACCCAGACAUGGAUUCUGCUCACGUCGGAGCAUUUGUGGAGGCGGUGCAUCAGCACUCCCGCCGACUCCAGGACAAGUGACCCCCCUCCCCCACCACCCCAGGGCUGGUCUCAGGUGCCCCCACCCCCGACACGAGAAUGUCUGUGAGAAAGGCCAUUUUUAACAGAAUAAAGAGUCUCUAGUGGCC